UUCUGCGUCACCAAAGCGGAAGUCAGAAUUAGCUACGUGUCAGGAAAAGAGGAGCAGCUGAAUCUAUGGACCGAGGAGGACGAGCUGCUUAAAUCUACAAGUCUGCAACAUUUUCCACAUUUAACAACCGAGUGGACUUGUAUUUUAGAUAAUCUAUUCUCCGUGACGAUGCUAACCAAGUUUGAAACCAAAUCGGCCCGAGUUAAAGGCCUAAGUUUCCACCCCAAAAGGCCCUGGGUUCUGGCGAGUUUGCACAAUGGGGUGAUCCAGCUGUGGGACUAUCGCAUGUGCACCCUCAUUGAUAAGUUUGAUGAACAUGAUGGACCUGUCAGAGGAAUUGAUUUCCACAAACAGCAGCCUCUUUUUGUGUCUGGAGGUGAUGACUACAAAAUUAAGGUGUGGAACUACAAGCUGAGACGCUGCCUCUUCACUCUCCUUGGACACCUGGACUACAUCCGGACCACCUUCUUUCACCAUGAGUAUCCCUGGAUCCUCAGUGCUUCAGACGACCAGACCAUUCGCAUCUGGAACUGGCAGUCCAGGACCUGUGUCUGUGUGCUGACCGGACACAACCAUUACGUGAUGUGCGCCCAGUUCCACCCGUCUGAGGACCUGGUGGUGUCUGCGUCUCUGGACCAAACCGUGCGCGUGUGGGAUAUCUCUGGUCUGAGGAAGAAGAAUCUGUCUCCUGGGGCAGUGGAGACUGAUGUCCGGGGCAUCUCUGGAGUGGACCUGUUUGGAGCGUCAGACGCUGUGGUCAAACAUGUGCUGGAGGGUCAUGACCGUGGAGUGAACUGGGCGGCCUUCCAUCCCAGCAUGCCUCUGAUCGUGUCCGGGGCUGACGACCGGCAGGUUAAAAUCUGGAGAAUGAACGAGUCUAAGGCGUGGGAGCUGGACACGUGCCGCGGUCACUACAAUAACGUCUCCUGCGCCGUUUUCCACCCGCGACAGGAGCUGAUUCUGUCCAACUCCGAGGACAAAAGCAUUCGAGUCUGGGACAUGUCCAAAAGAACCGGAGUCCAGACCUUCAGGAGGGACCAUGACAGAUUCUGGGUCCUCGGGGCUCAUCCCAACCUGAACCUGUUCGCUGCUGGUCAUGACAGUGGGAUGAUCGUGUUCAAACUGGAGAGGGAGCGUCCUGCCUACGCCGUCUAUGGAAACAUGCUCUACUACGUCAAAGACAGAUUCCUCCGACAACUCGACUUCAACAGCAGCAAAGACACAGCCGUCAUGCAACUGCGCAGUGGGUCCAAAUUCCCUGUGUUCAGCAUGUCCUACAAUCCUGCAGAAAACGCUGUCCUCCUCUGCACGAGGGCGACCAACCUGGAAAACAGCACUUACGACUUGUACUCCAUCCCCAAAGAAAGUGACUCCCAGAACCCUGAUGCUCCUGAGGGGAAGAGGUCGUCUGGUCUCACUGCUGUGUGGGUGGCAAGGAACAGAUUUGCAGUCCUGGAUCGUAUGCACUCGUUGCUGAUUAAGAACCUGAAGAAUGAGAUUGUGAAGAAGGUGCAGGUUCCUUCUUGUGAGGAGAUAUUUUACGCUGGCACCGGCUCUUUGCUUCUGCGCGACGCCGACGGAGUCACGCUGUUCGACGUUCAACAGAAACGUUCUCUCGCUACAGUGAAGAUCGCCAAAGUCAAAUACGUGGUGUGGAGCGCCGAUACCAGCCACGUGGCCCUGCUCGCCAAACACACGAUCAUGAUCUGCAACCGUAAACUGGAGUCUCUGUGUAAUAUCCACGAGAACAUCCGAGUGAAGAGUGGAGCUUGGGACGAGAGCGGAGUCUUCAUCUACACCACCUCCAACCACAUCAAAUACGCCCUGACCUCUGGAGACCACGGUAUAAUCCGGACUCUGGAUCUGCCGAUCUACGUGACGAGGGUCAGAGGAAACAGCGUUUACUGUUUGGACCGAGAAUGUCGUCCCCGAGUCCUCACCAUCGACCCCACAGAGUACCGCUUCAAACUCGCCCUCGUCAACCGCAAAUACGACGAGGUCCUCCACAUGGUGCGUAACGCUAAACUGGUGGGACAGUCCAUCAUCGCCUACCUGCAGAAGAAGGGUUACCCGGAGGUGGCUCUGCACUUUGUCAAAGACGAGAAAACUCGCUUCAGUCUCGCUCUGGAGUGUGGGAACAUCGAGGUGGCGCUGGAGGCGGCUAAAGCCCUGGAUGAGCGCUCGUGUUGGGAGCGUCUCGGUGAAGCGGCUCUUCUUCAGGGGCAUCACCAGGUCGUGGAAAUGUGCUACCAACGAACCAAGAACUUUGACAAACUCACCUUCCUCUACCUCAUCACGGGGAACCUCGCCAAGCUCCGGAAGAUGAUGAAGAUCGCUGAGAUCAGGAAGGACAUGAGUGGACACUAUCAGGCGGCUCUGUAUCUGGGAGAUGUGAGCGAGAGAGUGCGCAUCCUCAAGAACUGUGGACAGAAGUCCUUGGCCUAUCUGACCGCUGCCACUCACGGACUGGACGAGGAGGCAGAGGCUCUGAAGGAGACGUUUGACCCAGAAAAGGAGACGAUCCCAGAGGUGGAUCCGAACGCCCAGCUCCUGCAGCCGCCUCCUCCCAUCAACCCUCUGGACACAAACUGGCCUCUGCUCACUGUGUCCAAGGGAUUCUUCGAGGGAGCCAUCGCCGCCAAGGGUAAAGCUGGUCAGAUGGCAGCUGAUCUGGACAUGGACGCUCCUGGAGGAGAAGGGUGGGGAGAGGACGCGGAGCUGCAACUGGACGAAGAUGGUUUCAUGGACGCUCAGGAGGGAUUUGGAGAAGACGGGGCUUUGGUGAAGGAUGAGGGUGGAGGAGGAUGGGAGGUGGAGGAGGACUUGGACCUGCCUCCAGAACUGGACCUCCCCGCGGCCUCAGGUGGAGGAGCAGAGGACGGGUUCUUUGUGCCUCCGACCAAAGGCAUGAGUCCCAGCCAAAUGUGGUGCAACAACUCUCAGCUGCCUGUGGACCACAUCCUGGCCGGGUCCUACGAGACCGCCAUGAGGCUGCUGCAUGACCAGGUUGGAGUCGUGAACUUUGCUCCAUACAAAACCCUCUUCAUGCAGACGUUAUCCCGAGGACGCACGUGUUUCCUGGGACUGCCCUCUCUGCCCUGUCUGCGCAGCCACCCCCAGAGGAACUGGAAGGACUGUGGAGCGAAGCAGGGUCUCCCGGCUGUGGGUCUGCGCCUCGCCGACCUCAUCUCUCGCCUGCAGCAGUGCUACCAGCUCACCACCGCGGGGCGCUUUGAGGAGGCUGUGGAGAAGUUCAGAGCCAUCCUCCUCUCGGUGCCUCUGCUCGUCGUCGACAACAAGCAGGAAAUCACAGAGGCUCAGCAGCUGAUCACCAUCUGCAGAGAGUACAUCGUGGGACUCACCAUGGAAACAGAGAGGAAGAAGCUGCCCAAAGACACGCUGGACCAACAGAAACGGCUCUGUGAGAUGGCGGCAUACUUCACUCACUGUAAUCUGCAGCCAGUCCACAUGGUGCUGGUUCUGAGGACGGCUCUCAAUCUUUUCUUCAAACUGAGAAAUUUUAAAACCGCCGCAGGAUUCGCCCGACGUCUUCUGGAGCUCGGACCCAAACCCGACGUAGCUCAGCAGACUCGUAAGAUCCUGGCUGCGUGUGAGAAGAACCUGACGGACGCUCACCAGUUGAACUACGACGCCCAUAAUCCCUUUGACCUGUGCGCCGCCUCGUACGUGCCGCUGUACCGCGGGCGUCCUGUGGAGAAGUGCCCUCUGUCCGGAGCCUGCUACUGCCCCAUGUACAAGGGCCAGAUCUGCAGGGUCACAGAGGUGACGGAGAUUGGUAAAGAUGUGAUCGGUCUGCGCGUUAGUCCUCUCCAGUUCCGCUAAACAAAGGAAACGCUAAAAAACAGCACAUCUUUAGUUUAACACGUAAAUGUAACAGAAUUCUAGAUAAAGAUUUAAAGCUUUCUCCUGGUGGAUAUAUAAAAACCUAUGAACCUUUUCCUCUGCUCGGGUCUGUGCUCACAUGUACUUCCUGUUGCCUGUCACUUUACGAUAAUCUCAUGUUUCAAAAUAAAACUGUCAAUAUCUCCA